UCAGCAAGAAAGCUCCAACAUGGCGGAGUACUAUACGAAGUCGACUCACCCCAAACCACCACCUGGUUCAAAGACCCAGCGAACCGAAGCGGCUUCCUCACACACUUCGGACACGACCUUAUCAUCAAAGACCGAACAUACCAGACCCUUCUCGAAAACGUCCCAAUAACAUUCGACCCAAACUCUCCAGUAUGCGUAACGGAGAUAGAGGUAAAAGCAGGUUUUAAAACUAAUGAGAUAACAAAAGCCAGGUACAUCAAACCCGUAGCCAGAAGGAACCCAGGGCAACGCACGGCACACGCGAUAUUCACAUUCAAGUCCAAGAACGCCGCCAAUCACGCAAUUAGAUUCGGACUAACGAUAGAAGGUAGAAAAGUAUACGGACGAAAACUAAUACCAGAACCAGCACGCUGCUUAAAGUGCCACUCAAUUGGAGGCAACCACAUGGCAGCAGACUGCCCCCAAGAUCACGACACAUGCGGCACUUGCGGAGCAAACCAUAGAACAUCGACUUGCGGAGUCGACAACCCAGAACUCUACUUCUGCGUCAACUGCCAAUCAAACGACCACGCAGCCUGGAACAGAGAUUGCCCCACCUUUAUCAGAAAAUGCGAAACACAUCGAGGACGACAAGAAGACCACCGCUACAUCUACUUCCCCACCGACGACCCCCUCACAUGG